AUGGGUUCCGACUCGAGACCGAGGGCCGAGGAGGAGGCUGUAGAACGUAUGCUCAACAACGAGUACUCAUCCAGCGACGAUAGCGGGUACCGGGACGAAUACUGGUCAUCACCCUUCGAAAAGAUGCCGAGCACGCCCAUAUCAGCGUUCAGUCGGAGACUGAACAGAAGGCACUACACCGUCAUCUUGAUCCUUAUAAUAAUGGGCACGCUCCUAUGGGUGAGCCCAAACUACCCGAUGGGACGGGGCUACCUGAACAGCCAGACGACUGGAUCCAAACAGUCGGUGGUAUUGGUGUCGCUGCCUCAGGCGACAUCUGCACCAUUCAAGCAGGCGCUGCCGUACCCAACCACGGGACCAGAGGACGAAGCAAAGAAGACCUCAGGCGACAAGAUACAUGUCAAACCUCAGGAUGAGAAGGUGCACUCUUCAUCAAAGGACAAUCCAGGCGACCAGACCGACAGCAAGCCCAAGGAGUCGCCGAAAGAGAAGCCCGCUGAGGAGAAGCUCGCCGAGGAGAAGCCCCCGAAGGUGAAGCCCGUCGAGGAAGUGCCUGCGAAAGAGGAGCCCGUCGAGGAGGUGCCCGUAAAGGAGAAACCCGUCGAAGAGGUGCCCGCGAAGGAUAAGCCCGUCGAGAAGGUGCCCGCGAAGGAUGAGCCGGCCAAUACCCCAGUGAAAGGCUCCAAAGGGGUUCCUGAAGAGUGGUGCACGACGUGGCCGGUCGACGAGAAAGGCAACUACGACGCGAAGCACAAGUCGACCGGGAGCAAAAAGCUGCAGCUGGACAGCUACGCGCCCGCAGGCGGAUGGCAAAAACCGGCGGGAGUCAAAAUCGUGGCGAUGGUGUUUUAUGGGCGCAAGCGCAAUGUCGACAUCCUGGACUGCUACCUGCGGCAGAACCUGGUGUCCAACGGAGGAUAUUUCGACGAGGUGUGGUUCAUGGUGCACACGCAGAUUGAGGACGACGUCUCGUGGAUGCGCGAGCUUGUGAAGCAGGAGGACGAGUACGUCUUCAUGGACCUCGGCGCCUGCACCACCAAGCCGUACGGCUGUAUCUGGGAGUACGCGGUGGAGGACGACACCAUGUACUUCAAGAUCGACGAUGAUAUUAUGUACAUCCACCACGACACGAUCCCGCAAAUGGUGCACACGCGCAUCGCGCAGCCGCACCCCUACGCCAUCUCGGCCCAGCUCGUCAACAGCCCCGUCACGGGCCUGGAGUCGUACCACUACGGCGCCAUCCACCCCUUCCUACCUGACCCGCGCCCCCACAACUGGCGGAAGGCCGCCGAGAGCUGGCGCGUCUCCGAGCUGCCGCUGUACCCACGGGCCCUCAACCCGAUCGAAGGAAACCCGCUGGAACUGAACGCGCCCUACAAGGGCCACCCGUGGCUGCUCCUGAGCGACAAGCCAGACGCGACGGCCGGGCUGGUGCACACGCCGAUGGGCGAGUGGUACGCGCACCAGGGCCCCGAGGACAUCGCAUGGGGCCCCGGCUGGAAGUCGUGGGGCGUGGCGGCGCAGCAGCUGUACAGCUUGCUGUUCAACCUGGAGAAGAACCAGCUGGACCGGUACCACUUCGGGCGAGCGAUCGACUACCGCGAUCGCCACGAGGACGAAUCAUCCCGGGAGGGGGAGCAGCCCGAAGCAGAAGAAAAGUACGACGGCCCCGGCGGCGAGCAGCUCUACGACAUGCAGUACCAGCGGUACAACCUCAACUUCAUUGCUAUCUGGGGCCGCGACGUGGCGGCGGGCCUGCCGAUUGGCGACGACGAGCUCGAGGUCACGCAGACGAUCCCCGCGCGCCUGGGCCGGCCUUUUGUGAUUGACACGCGCGCCCUCGUCGCCCACCACUCGUUCUUCGUCCAGAAGGAGGGCGUCGGCGCCACCGACCUGAUGGACCGCUGGCGCGCCUUCGCCAACGAGAACGUCUGCGCCGCCGACAACAUGAAGAAGCCGUGGGAUCUGCGGUGUCCGGGUUUCUAG